AUGGAGAAGUUUUUUUUUAUUUGCCUUCUUGAUGUUCUGGUGUGUUUGUGUACUGGUCAGCAACAUGUACGCGCACCUGCUGGACCGUGGAGACACCGGAUUCAGUGGGAGAAUAACGGUCAGGUGUACAGUUUACUGAGCACUGGGACUCAAUACCGAUCACCCACGCACAGCAGAAGACGUCCUGAGCUCUUACUGACAACAAAAAACCAACAAUUUCACCCUCCUGUUGCGCACAGUAGAUCCACAAGAACCAGACCUGGAGACCUCGAGGGCGCACCCGGAGUCAACUCUCAACGAAACGAAUUAAGGCAAAUGAAUGCGUUGGUUCUUGGUGCUGAAGCAGGUCAGUAUUUGCUUCCCUCUGGACGACCCGGGUCACAUAGUCAGGCCCCACCGCGAACCGCAACCACCAGAGAUACUAUAGCUAUGGGUAGCGCUCCCGCCCCCAACACCAUCCAGGAGUUUUCCGGCAGCGGAAUCCCAAGAGGAGGCCGCAGCACACCUGGACAUGGCACUAGAGCACAACAAGCUACUGAGUCACCGGUAAGAUCUCCAGACUUUACGCAUGGCCGAGGCGGUCGGAUAAGACCGGAGAGCUCGGAUUCAAUAGCCCAGUCACCUGCCACAACUGGCUCGGUCAACACGGCCGAGGAUGGAGUGAAUGGACGACAGCAAACUAGUGUAGGAGACGCUCGCAGCGCGCAAAGAGUCACACCAGAGGCAAAUAUUUCUCCCACAGCGCUGUCAGGUAACUCGGUAGAAAUACAUUUUCCUCGUCCAAGGCCGGAUACAACACGGAUUACGGACACGAGUGACCCACGGGAUCCACACAGUAUUCAUCACAGGAACUCAGUUUUCUAUGACAUUUACCCACCGGACCGCAGAAACAGGGUCCCUGCGCGCCCACCACCAGGGGCGGGCUAUGGCACCAGGCUCUUCCACAAUGGUCUCCCAGACUUGGUUCCUGACCCUUACUACAUCCAAGCUGCCUCUUACAUCCAGAGAGUUCAGAUGUACGCACUCCGCUGUGCAGCUGAGGAGAACUGUUUGUCCAGGUCAGCGUACCAUCCAAGAGUGAGUGAUCUCGAAUACAGAGUCCUGCUGCGGUUCCCACAGCGUGUGAAGAACCAAGGAACAGCCGACUUCCUCCCAGUGAAGCCCAGACAUGAGUGGGAAUGGCACAGCUGUCACCAGCACUACCACAGUAUGGAGGCCUUCAGUAACUAUGACCUGCUGGACAUCUCCACUGGAGAGAAAGUGGCUGAGGGACACAAGGCCAGUUUCUGUCUGGAGGACACGUCAUGUGACCCAGGAGUACGACGGCGCUUCGCCUGCACCGCUCACACACAGGGGCUUGGUCCUGGUUGCUAUGAUACAUAUCAUGCCAACAUCGACUGUCAGUGGAUUGACAUCACUGAUGUACAACCAGGAAACUACAUACUUAAGGUGACAGUGAACCCCUCUCAGCUUGUCCAGGAGUCAGAUUUCUCCAAUAAUGAGGUGCGGUGUGAUAUCAGGUACACAGGAAGCUACGUACAAGCGAGAAACUGCAGGAUCACUGUGUAA